CAUCUUGCACACAUCUCUCAAAACUAAAACGCACACAAACUAAGAAGGUAGAAAAACACACAAGACUUAUUAUUAUUAAUCAUGGACGUUGUGAUGAGACCAACGGUGGAGAUUCCACCGCGAAAAAGUCUCUUAUCUUCCAAAUCUUUCCCAGCUGAGUCUUCCCCUCGUUCUUCGCCGCGUAAAAACAACUGGAACAACAAGAUCAGCACCAAGAUCGCCACAUCUGAACAUGAAGAAGACAGCUUCAACGAGGACACCAACAACAACAACAACAAGGAGACUAAAGAGUAUUGUUAUGACUCCGACACAGAUGAUCCUUACGCCAGCGACCAUUUCCGUAUGUUCGAGUUCAAGAUCCGACGUUGCACACGUAGCCGAAGCCACGACUGGACAGACUGUCCUUUCGCUCAUCCCGGAGAGAAAGCUCGCCGUCGUGAUCCUCGUCGGUUUCAAUACUCAGCUGAGGUUUGUCCUGAGUUCCGUCGUGAUGGUGAUUGUAGCCGUGGAGACGACUGUGAGUUUGCUCAUGGUGUCUUCGAGUGUUGGCUCCAUCCUAUCCGUUACCGUACUGAAGCUUGUAAAGACGGUAAACACUGUAAGAGAAAAGUCUGUUUCUUUGCUCAUUCGCCACGUCAGCUUAGGGUUCUUCCGCCGGAAAAUGUCUCCGGCGGCGGCUCGGGUUCUCCGGUGGCAAAGAAGCCUUGUUGCAUGUUUUGUAGCAGCUCUCCAACGAGCACUCUUUUGGGUAAUUUGUCUCAUCUUUCUAGAUCUCCGUCCUUGUCUCCACCUUUGUCUCCUGCUCACAAGGCGGCUGCCUUUUCGCGUCUGAGGAAUCGCGCCGCUUCUGCUGUUUCAGAAGCUGUUUCUGCUGCAGCAGCAGCUGGGUCUGUUAACUAUAAUGAUGUUUUAAGCGAGCUUGUGAACUCGUUGGAUUCUAUAAACCUAGCGGAAGCAUUACAUGCUAGUUCUUCCUCUACGCCUGUUACCACGCCUGUUUCUGCAGCGUUUGCUUCAUCCUGCGGUUUGAGUAAACAGCGUCUCCAUAUCCAGCAACAACAACAGAGUAGUCCUUUACAGUUUGCGCUCUCACCUUCCGCUCCAAGUUACCUGACCAGCUCGCUCUCGCCUUCCACACCAAGUUACCUAACCAACUCGCCUAGGGCUAACUUGUUCGCCGGAGAUUUCACUCCUCGCCAGAGACAAAGGAAUGAUUUCGCGACUGUGGCUGCGGUUAGGGACAAAACUAGCUUCGAGGAUGGUUCUUGUGGUGACCCUGAUCUUGAUCUUGGAUGGGUGAAUGAUCUCUUGACUUGAACGGUGAAGGAGGGUUGACCUUCAUAUUGGUGUAACGUUUUGGUGGUCAAUGUGGAUGGAGGGAUUGUUUUUUAAAUUUGUUUCAAAGAUUUUAUUGCUUUACAGAUUUCCACGGAAGUUAAUCAAGAAUCGUCUGUGUAUUUUUCGUUUAUAUUUUAAGAUUUUCUUUCUAGUGGAUUUUUACCAAUAAUAUGUAUGAUCUUGUAAUACUAUAUGUGGCUUCGGAUUGUGCUAUUUUCACCAUUUC